AAUUGCUUGUUUUGUUUGAUAAAAAUUUCUAGAUUUUAUAAGGCGGCAUUGAGCACUUCAAUGGAAGGCCUGAAACGACAAAGCGUACAAAGUAAAGGAAAACCUCAACCGAAGAAACGGGCUAGGCUCAUUUCUGCAACUCCAAGUCUCCCACAUGCCUUAAAAACACCCGAAUCCCGCCUGAAAUACCUACCACUUGCUCGACGAAAUUCCUCAACGAAAUCAAACUAACCAUGGAGUCGAGCAUUUUGGAAUCCAUCGGGGUCGAGAUUAUUGGCGUGAUGUCUCCAGUGUCUAUUUGUAUGUUUUUGGUGGUUCUCAUUGUCUAUUCCCUCUCCCCUUCAAACCCUUUGGCUGCUGCCUCAGCCCCGACGAUCCGCACCGCUGCCAACCUCGUCUACCUCGAGAACCCCUCCGACUCAACUGCCCAGAAGCUGGAAGGCGCGCUACUCAAUGCGCUGGUGUUCGUUAUUCUCAUUGCCGUGUCCACUUUUAUUCUGGUUCUCUUGUACUACUAUAAUUUCACAAACUUCUUGAAGAAUUACAUGCGCUUCUCUGCCUUUUUCGUCUUAGGUACAAUGGGGGGCUCAAUUUUUUUGUCAUUGAUUCAGCAUUUCUCAAUUCCUGUUGAUUCAAUUACUUGUUUUAUUUUGUUAUUUAAUUUCACGAUUGUGGGUGUAUUAUCGGUGUUUGCGGAUGGGAUACCUAUUUUUCUUAGGCAAGGAUAUAUGGUAGCAUUAGGGAUAUUUGUGGCAGUCUGGUUUACUCAGUUACCAGAGUGGACUACAUGGGUUUUGCUGGUGGCAUUGGCAGUCUAUGAUCUGGUGGCUGUUUUGGCUCCUGGUGGGCCACUUAAGUUGCUGGUAGAGUUGGCCCAGACUCGAGAUGAGGAACUUCCUGCACUAGUUUAUGAGGCUCGGCCAGAAAUUUCGCGAAAUAUGAAUAAUCAUGGUCGGAGUUUGGACCUUUUGAUUGGUGGAGUUUCAGAUUCAGGGUCUGUGGAGAUGCAAACUAUGUCAAAUCGCAAUGUGAAUCGAAAUGAGAGUGAAACUUUUGUGAACUCUGAAUACGCUACAAUUCCAGUAAGGAAUUUUGGGAAUAUGGAAGGUGUAGGAAAUAGAGAUGAUGAUUCAGAGAUGUCCCCGUUGGUUGGUUUUUCUCGGGAAAGGAACUCUUCAAGCAGCGAAUUAUCAGAUUAUUCAACAGUGGUUGGUAAUCAGGCGUCUGAAAUUGUUGUGGAUCAGGAAAGGUCUCCUCUUGUUGCUGUGCUGGGAUGGGGUAAUGACAGGGAGCAGGUAAGGAGGGAUGAUUCUGAAAACUCAGUGUUUGCCACUAAAGGUAUAAAACUAGGUCUUGGAGAUUUUAUUUUCUACAGUGUUCUUGUGGGCAGGGCUGCAAUGUAUGAUCUCAUGACAGUAUAUGCAUGCUACCUUGCAAUUAUUUCGGGACUUGGCUGCACACUUAUUUUGUUGUCAGUGUGCCGCCAAGCUUUACCAGCUCUUCCUAUAUCAAUAGCACUGGGCGUUGUCUUUUACUUUUUGACUCGUUUAUUGAUGGAACCUUUUAUUGUUGGGAUGUCAACAAAUCUGAUAAUGUUUUGAUCCUCUGUUUGCCGUAAGAGAGAGAAGAGGGUUUUUUUUGUUAUGCUGUUGAAAGAAAUUCUGAUCUCAGAUGCAAAUUUUGUAUGCAGAAUGGUUAGUAUUACUUGCAAAAUUAUCUUUCUAUUGGUGUCAUGAUAUUUCUCACUGUUGAAGUCUGUAAUUGGCAAAUGUAACAAUCUGAAGAUAAUCCUUGUGUAAAUUGACUGCCCUCUUGGGUUCUAGCUUUAUAGAAUUUGGAAAGUCUCAUGCUACAGCAUAUUUGGAAUGCUGUGUUUAAAUCCUAGUUGAGAUGUUCAAAAAUACAGAUGUGGAACUACAUUUUAUUUUAUUUAUUUCUUG